AUGGCUAUUCCAAUAGCUAGAGAGAGGAACAACGAGAGUGAGGCUUAUAGCGCUAGGGUAGCUGGCGGCGCCGAUAGUGAGGAAAGAAAAGACGACACUUCAUUCGAUGAGGGUGAUCCAAGCCUCCGCGAAAGUUGGAUGGGCGUAGGCAUCGCUGAUGGGGUCGUCGUCUUGGGUUUAGGCGAUGCCAGACGAUGCCUUGGUAAAGCACCAGGCCAAGCUAGAUGGGUCCCUUGGCGGCGAGAGAGGAACAACGAGAGUGAGGCUUAUAGCGCUAGGGUAGCUGGCGGCGCCGAUAGUGAGGAAAGAAAAGACGACACUUCAUUCGAUGAGGGUGAUCCAAGCCUCCGCGAAAGUUGGAUGGGCGUAGGCAUCGCUGAUGGGGUCGCGAUGCCAGACGAUGCCUUGGUAAAGCACCAGGCCAAGCUAGAUGGGUCCCUUGGCGGCGGUGAACUAGGCAGAGGCUUUGACAGCGAUCUCGCUAAGAGAAGAGAAGAGGUGGAGGCAAUGUCGAUGCCGUUCUUUGGGGAUUGGGAGGUGCCAGCGGGCUAG